CUAUGAGACAGGAAAAAGGUUGUCUGUAUUUUCAAAAAUAUUAUUUUAUUUGUUCUUUUAGGAAAUCAGCAAAAGCAGAACAGCUUUCGAAGAAAACUCGUUUACCUGUUUCCAUUUCCGGGGUUAUUAGAGAGAUAAGAAUUAAAAGAUCAGAGCUUUGCAACAACUUACAGAUCUGCUGGAUUAAAUGAGUUGGUUGCCCUUUUGCUUUUCGAAAUAAGUAACCCGCCAUCGUUUUGGAGUGACCAAGCGGCAUUGAAUUUUGAAUCCUUCAAAGCUCAGGCAGGUGAGUAACAAUGGAGUCGGAAACGGCGUCGUCGGCGGAUGAGCAGAAACCGUCUGGUUCUGCAGCUGAUACCAAAGGCAAGCAUCGGAUUCUAGCUGAACUUAAGCGCGUCGAACAAGAAUCCAGGGGUCUCGAGGAUGAGAUGGAAGAGCUUGAGAGAACUGACAAUGUUUCAACAUUGUCCGAGGAGUUGCUGCUUAGCAUGGAGUCAAGACCAGAUCCACUGCUCCCAGUAACAAAUGGUCUUAUAAAUCCGUCAUGGGAUAGAUGGUUUGAAGGGCCCCAAGACUCCGAAGGCUGCACAUGCCAAAUUCUGUGAUUUGAGGCAAUCUAACAUUUGUUGCCAAAACAUGUUCAAAUGUUACAGCUUAGUUGUUAUAUUAACAGUUGUUUUGGGGUGGCUCGGAUAAAAUGUAUAAUUUACUGUUUCCAAUUCUGCUGAAAUUUGUACAUCGGAUACAUCUACUGCAGAUACGAGCUUCAAAAGA